AUGGGAAAGCGCCGGGAAAGGAACGACAAUUACCUGCUGUGCUGGAGGCUCGUUGGACUGGUCGCCGUUCAGAUGAAAAUGGCCAAGGGUCCUAAAAGAUGGCAAACGUUGACUGUUUGCUCCAAGUACCCAUGCGACUCUGCACAGCGGCGACAUACACAACCCAGCUCCUCCGAAGGAAUACCUUCCAUGUCUGGCUCUCUGAGCAACCAUCUCAUAAACUCCCACUAUCCCGAUAGCCCAUUUAACUCAUCCAUAGUCAGCCAUGGGCCGAUGUCCUUCAACCCCAUGAUGCAUGGCACUCCAUACGCACAACAAUCGUUUUCGCUCUUCAAUUCGCAAUCUUUUGCCAAUGACUCGAUCUCGGAGGAAACCGCUAAGAAAAUCGCUAUUCUGCAGGCCAAAUUGGAUCGCAAGCUUGGGCCAGAAUAUAUUUCUCAGCGUCCCGGGCCUGGAGGAGGGCCGAGGUUGACAUAUGUAGAGGGUUGGAAAAUCAUCAACCUGGCAAAUGAAGUCUUUGGUUUCAACGGGUGGAGCUCAAGUGUUGUCAGCUUGACUACCGACUUUACCGACUAUAGCGAGGAAAGUAGGAGGUAUUCAGUGGGGGUAACUGCGAUCGUACGAGUCACAUUGAGGGACGGUGUAUUCCACGAAGAUACUGGGUACGGGAUGUUGGAAAAUUCGAAAAGCAAGGGUGCUGCUUUAGAUAAGUGCAAGAAAGAAGCUGUUACGGAUGGACUCAAACGUGCAUUGAGAAACUUUGGCAAUGUAAUGGGCAAUUGCCUGUACGACAAGUCAUACACUGCGGAAGUAAUCAAGAUGAAAGUUGAACCAGUCAAGUUCAACAAGGAUGUGCUACACAGACGGCCAGAGUGCGAUGAAGUGAAGCCCAACGUAUCUAUUUCAUCUACUGGCCCUUCCACAUCUGCUGGUCCCUCGAACACCACUGGGAACAUGUCAUUCCAAAAUCAGGCUGUCGUUACGCCCACAAGACCACCAUACCAACAAAACGCAACGAAACCUCUCACAUCUAUUCCCGUUCAUAUGCGCCCAGGGAUUAGCAAUGCUUCAAUCGCCUCAGGCUCCGCAACCACUUCAAAUACAUCCAUGAACCAGGCUAAUGACCACAAAGGGAAGGCACGCGCCAGUGCCCAAGAACGAUUAAAUGCCAUUACCGCUGCCAUCAAUACACCCGACCAGUGCUAUAACGCGCAGCAACAACAAAUACAACACAGUGAACGAAGAGUUUCUUUUUCUGAAACAAACAAAGUGGAUGGCGGUCCUGCUCCCGCACAAAUAGUUAAACCCCCAGGCGCUCAAUCAGCUGUUAAGCAAGAACCAGACAUAGAUGAUGAUGAUUCUUUCGGUUUUGGCUCUGAAGACGAUGCGCUCUUCGCAAUGGCCGAUCUUGGUCCUGCAAUUGGUGCAAAUGACGCCGACAUGGGUAGACCUAUCCAGCAUGACGUAGAAAUGGGUCGUCCAAUAGACCACGAGGAAGGCCUCUUGCAGGGUAUCCAGGAGGCGGACGAUAGCGCUGUGUUUACGGUUCACCCAGCUGCCAGGGCAGCGGGUGUUCCAGAUCAGACUAUCUCGGGCGCCAGAUUGAUUAGCUCAAAACACGCGUCAACUUCAGGUUCGAACUCGAAUAAGUCUCGACAAGAACUCAUUGAAGCUGCGCUACGUGAGGGGAAAACCUCUGCGGGAGAUCAACCGGCAAUGGUCCCAGCGGCCUCCACUUCGAACACAACAACCACAGCGACGUCGACAGCGCCUGGCCAGGGGUUGGCGGCUGGAAUGUUAUCGUCGAAACUUAAUCCACAGCAACAACAAAUGCGUUCGAGUUCUACUUAUGGAAACAGCACAGGCUCGGCUUCCAGUUCUGGCAAUAAUUCAUCGUCCUCUGCUGCGCAGAUGCCCCCACCUGGGGUACCUGCACAGUUACAAUCCAAGGCCACGUCUAUUUCUCAACAAAACCAUCAACGAUAUAUGAACCAAAGGCAGCAGCAACAGCAACAAAAUGGGAGUGCGGCCACUGGUCAACAGCCGCCUCCUCGCGCACCGACACCUGCAAUUGGGGGAUUCAAUUUCCCGGGCGGCGUCAACCCAAUCACGUCCACAGCAAAUUUUGCAAGCGGAAUUGGAGUGAAGAGGCCUAUUGAAGCUACAUCAUCGUCUAAUUACCGCGGGGCAAGACCUGGAAUGGGUCUCCAUCAAGUUCCGACUACUUCAUCGACCAAUAAUCCUAGCAUUAAAUCCGCGACCACUGGCUCUGGACGAUCUGUACUCGGGUCCUUGGAGAUCGAAGAGGGUGGUAUGGUUAAACGGGCGCGGCAAGGAUAA